GGGCUCUGCUCAUGUGAUGGAGCAAGAGGCAGACGGGCGGGGGGACCAGGGGAGGAGGUGAUUUUCCUCGCUGGCUCUUGCUCGCCUUUCCCCCCCCCCCCCCCCCUUUCUUUCCUCUCUUCCCCUCCUCUCACUCCCUGAAGGAGUUUGCGGAGAGCCGGGCUCCUUCAUUCCUGGCUGCGCCGCCGCCGCCCUCCGCCCCUCGCCAGCCCCCGCCCGCGGCUCCGCACGGCCGCGGGGCAGCGCCAUGGGUGCCGGCAGCUCCACCGAGCCGCCUGCCCCGCCGGACGGGGCCGGAGCCACCACCGAGCACCCCCCUAGCCCCCCAGAGCAGCUGCCGGUAGAAGAAGCGGCAGAGCCCGCCAAGGUUGUAGAUGCAAGUUUACCAGUACCUGGUAUUAAUGAAGACAAUUUGGAGCAUGAUGCCCUGCCACAGGAGCCAGAGCAGCCAGGAGCUGUUACAGCACCUCAAGAGCCGGAUGGGCAGCAGCCAGUGGUGGCUUCACCCCUCCAAGAACCAUCUGGAGAGCAAGCAGAGGCUGCUGGAACAAAUGUUGGACAAACAGAUCAUUCCAGUGCAACUUUGAAGGAAGACACUGAAACUAUGGAGACAAGUCCAUCUGACUCAAGCACCAAGGACAAUGUAGAUGCUGAGAAAGAGGAUUCUCAUGCAGUUAAACAGUUGCCAUCUUUGGAAGAAGAGGCAGAAGAGCACACAUCAGAGCCACAGUCGUAUGAUCUGGGUUUUAAAAAGGUUUUUAAAUUUGUUGGGUUUAGAUUCACAGUGAAGAAGGAAAAAACAGGAAAAUCAGAACCAGUUCAACUGCUUACUGUAAAAAAGGAAACACAAGCUGCUGAAGGAGCUGGUGAUGAAAAAGAGGUCAGUUCAGAAGAAAUAGUGAUGCCUGAGGAUGCACCCUCUACAGAAGACAAUACCAAAGACACACUGAAGAAUGAAAAAACAGAAGAUGAAUCUCCUAAAACACCAGAAGCAAAUGAGAUUUGUUCUCAGUCAGCUGCCUUAGCCACUGAUACUACAUCAUCAUUAAGAAAAUUUUUUACUCAGGGGUGGACUGGAUUUAGAAAAAAGAAGAGCUUUAGGAAGCCUAAAGAAGAUGAACUACUUCCUUCUACAAAAGAAGAGGAUCAAGAAAAAGAGGAGGCAACAUUAACAACUGAAAACAGUGAAAAGAAGUCUGAGUUCGAGAAGCAAGAUGAAGAGAGGAAUGUGACAGAAGUAACUAUUGAAGAGCAUGAGAAGGACCAAACUAAAGGUGAACAGCAGGAAUCAGAAAAGAUUGUGGCAGACACAGGCGUCAAAGCAAUUGAGAAGGAAGAGUUGAUUGAGCAUGAUGAGCAGGCACAAAAAGAGGGUAUAGCAGCAGGAGUUGUUAAAGACAGUACUGAGGAGAAAAAGGCUGAUGAUGAUCGCGAAGGGAAACUGGUGGAAGUCUCAGAAGAUCUUGGCAAAAAGGAAGAAGAAACUGAAGAAGGAGGUAAAGAAAGUGAGGUGACAGAGAAAUCACUAGAAACAAGGUCAGAGGUACCACUUGUCACUGACAAUGUGAAUGGAGAAUUGAAAACAUCCUCAGAAGCCGUAGCUGCAGGAGAAAAACUGGAGUCAAUGGAGAAGUCCGAGAUAGAUGAUAGAACUGAAGUAUCCUCUGAAGCAGGACCUUUGGCAACUGAAAUUUCUAGUGAACAGCUUAAACCUGAAGGAAGAGAAGGAGAUAAACCUGCUCCACCGGGUAAAGAAACAUUUAAUGAAAAAACAGAGGAAGUAGAAUUUAAAAUGUCACCCACAGCAGAAGACAUUUCACCAGAAGAAGCUCCAGACAGAACCACAGAGAAGAGAGAAAGCAAAGAACAUGAGAGAAAGCUGCCUCUGGAUUCUCCUGGACUGAAGACCUUUUCUACUUCUGAACAUUCAGUUGACACGGAGGGUGAUCAACAGUCAAUCAAACCCACUGAUGGACUCCAGGGAAAAACUGACAUAGUUACGAGUGAUACUGUCAAACCAGAUGAAAUAACCCCAGAAAUAACUCCUGAAGAGGCAGCUGAAAAGAGGCCUCCAGAAGGUGUCACAAAUGAAGCUGAACUGCUGUCUUCUCAAGAAAAAACUAAGCUGCAAGGUAGCCCUUUAAAGAAACUUUUUACAGGUACUGGAUUAAAAAAAUUGUCUGGAAAGAAGCAUAAAGGCAAAAGAGAAGAAUCUAAGUUAGGGGAACAGGGUGAACAAAUUCAGCACUUAUCAGAUUCCCCAGAUAGUCCAGAGGAACAAAAGGGGGAGAGUUCUGCUUCUUCUCCUGAGGAGAUGAAUGAAGUUCCUUCUUUGGAAAAAUCUGUAAAUGGAAAUCAAGUCACUGAAAAUGAAGAUGCUGCAGUUUCAGAUGUGGAGCGAAAAAGAGAAAGUGUUACACCUUGGGCAUCAUUUAAAAAGAUGGUGACUCCCAAGAAACGUGUCAGAAGAUCUUCUGAAAGUGAUAAAGAAGAAGAAAUUGAUAAGACAAAGAGUGUUGCAACGCCUGCAACUGAAAACACUGUUGAUGAAAAUCAGGGAGAAUUAAAAGAAAAUGGGAUAGACCAGAAACCAGAGAAAACCACAGAAGAGCCCAAAAGAAAGGUUGACACCUCUGUGUCCUGGGAGGCUUUUAUAUGUGUUGGCUCUUCAAAGAAAAGAGCCAGGAAGUCAUCAUCAUCUGAUGAAGAAACUGAACAUAAGCUUGGACAAGAGAACCAAAAACCAGAAGAGUCUGGACAGAGCAAAGAAACAGCAGCAGAUGGAAUUCUUGCUAGUUCUCAGGAAAGCGAUCAAGGACAAGGGAAUUCUUCCCCAGAACAAGCUGGAAGCCCAUCCGAAGGUGAAGGUAUUUCCACAUGGGAAUCAUUUAAAAGGCUAGUCACUCCAAGAAGGAGAUCCAAAACCAGAAUGGAAGAAAGAACUGAAGACUCUGUUGUGGGAUCUAGCCUGGAACAUUCAACAUCAGAUGGUGAGCCUGGAAAAGAUGAAUCGUGGGUCCCAUUUAGAAAAUUGAUGCCUGGGCGUCGGAAGAAGAAGUCAGAUGGAAAGCCAGCACCAUCUCAUCUUAAACAAGCAAGAGACGACAUGGCAGAAACAACUGAAGAAGAUUCAGAUAUUCCAGCUGUUGUUCCUUUAUCUGAAUAUGAAGCAGCAGAGCAGGAGAAAAUUGAAGCCCAACAAACGAAAGAUGCUGAAGUGAUGAGAGAAAAAACCUCAGAGGAAGAGAGAGCAGAAAAAUUAGAAGAGACCCUAAGAAUUGAACAAGCAUGUGAAGGACUGGUACAUGCAGUUACUGUUACUGUUGUGGAAGGGGAAAGAGCAGUUACCAGUAUUGAAGAAAGGUCACCAUCUUGGAUAUCUGCUGCUCUGACAGAGUGCAUUGAGCAGGCUAAAGAAGAGGAGGAAAAAGAAACUGAGAAAAUGUUUGAAUCAGAUGUUAUUGUGGAAGAAGCAGUGGUAGCUGAUAAGACAGUGUCAGAGACAAGAAAAGACGUAAGUGAUGACACCACAGCAAGUGAAACAGAGCUAACCUCAGAAGCUGUGACAGCUCUGGAGGAGAGGGCAGAAGCUUCCUGUGCUGAAGAAAUGAUGGAAGUGUCCCUUGCUGAGGAAACAACUGAGAUGGUUUCUGCUGUUUCACAGUUGUUGGAAACCCCAGAUACUACAGAGGAAGUUACACCUGUACAAGAAGUAGAGGCCACUGAAAAAAAUUUGAAAGAAUUAGACAAACAGACACAAAAAGUUCUUCAUGAAGUUGCUGAAAGAGUCAAGUCAGCAGAUAUAGCACAGCUGGUUAGUGAAAGAACUAUGACAGCAACUAUAACUACAACAGUACAAGGAAUUGAAUCAGAAGUGAAAGAUGAUGUCAGAGAUGGGAAUGUUGCAGGCCAGGAAACUGGUUUGCUUGAACAGUCUUUGGAAAAAGGAGAGCACAAGGAGGAUGGUCUCCAGCCUCAGGAAAGCGCAGAGAGCCUUCAGGGCCAAAACAAAGUUGAAGAAAGCGUUCUGCAAGAAGGUUCAGAGAAAAGUGAAAUAUCUGCUGAAAUGAAAGAAAACACAGAAGGAUAUGAAAAUGUAAAUUUAUUGAGAGAUGAAAGCCAGGGGCAGGCAUGUGAAGAAGCAGUUGUAAAAGACGGUGAAGAAAUGUCUGAAGUACUGAGUAUGGUAGAACCUUCAUCUAAUGACGGAGAGUUUCACAGCAUCAAAGCAGUCACUCCCAAGGCAGAGCUUUUUGAAAAGCAGGAGCCUUCAGGACAAGAGAAAGUGUUCAUAACAAAGUUGACAGUAGAUGAGACUAGAGAUGAAUGUAUUCCAGAAGUACAGACUGCAGUGCAGGACAAGACAGAGGAUGAAACCUCUUCCUUGAGGCUUGCAGAUGAAGAGCCUGUGCUGCUGAAAGGAGAGGGCAAAAGCCUUGCUGUGGGACUAGAGUGCACAGAGGCAGUUGUCACCGUAGCCUCUGUUAAGCCUGAAAGACAAGAUGAAAUUCCUGACUUAGAAGAGCAAGCUUAUGCUAAAGUUGUUUCUAGUAGGGCAUCUGCCCAGAGAGAGGAAGAGGAUGAUGAUGCUGUGCUUCUUGGAGUAAAAAGCACAGAAGUCACUGUUACUGAGGUUCUGCUGCAGAAUGAGGCAAAAACCUCUGCCCUUCCUUCAGAAACAAUUGUCUUGGCAGCAGCUGCAGAUGCUGAGCCAACUUUGAAGGAAGAGACUGGCAAGCACAUUACAGUAGAAGACUCUGGGUCCAUCCUAGAGCCACAGGGUAGAGAAAAAACAACUGAAACCACCUUGCUGAGUGAUGAAACAGAAGGUGGCAAAAUGGAAGAUGCUAUAUGCAAAAGUGAAACACACUUGGGGAGUGAUACCACAGUCACUGAAGUUCCCGUGCAGGUUCAAGCAGACAGCAUAUCUAAUUUAGCUUCAGCAUGCCCAGAUAUCACUGAAAAUGGAAGCAGUGCCCUCGCUGACAUAAGUCCUGAGAAAUGUGAAGCGCCAAGCAACUUAGCUGUAGAAGAGACUGUAGCAAAAGAACAAGAACUUGUAGAAACCUCAAACUGUCAAGACUUUCAGAAAGAAGACAAAAAUGAGCAAUUGAUGGAAAGAGCCAAAGAGGUAUUUGAAUCUGAAAAACAGGAAGCUGUGAGAAGUGAUGAGUGUUCAACUGCUGUCCAGCAAGAGGUUUUAACUGAACAAAAGGAAGGCUCUGACUCAGAGGCUCUGAAAGUGCCUGUGCCUGUAGCAGCUGCAGCAGUUGAAGAGCAUGUCACAGCAGAAACCAUAACACCCGCAGACAUGACAGCUGAAACUGUACAGCCCUUGGCAACCACACCAGAGCAAAUGGCUUCUGAAGAGGUCCCGGGUACUACCGUUGACUAUUCAGGCUGUGAGACUGCAGAACUUGCUAGUACAGAAGCAGCCAAGCCUCCUGUUACUCCUGCAUUCAUGAAUGGAAUAUUGGAGGAGCAAGAGAAGAUCCAGAGUGCAGGGCAACCCAAAGAAAAUGGUUUUCCUCUAAGGGACACUCUGUCUGUAACCCACAUGGAAUUUGAGAAGGACAUUGUUCAGUCUGUGACUAUAGAGUCCCAGAGUACAAAAAUCGUAUUGAACGCCAUCCAAACGGCUGUACACAAAUUGGCAGAAGCAGAAGACUCAGCUGCCUUUGAGUCAGAGACACACACUAAGUCCACAGGGAAAAGCCCAUCCGAUACAAAUAUGCCUGAACUUCUGGAAACUACGCAGGUGGAUCAUCAACUUCCAGUAGAAGAAGAAGAGAAACGAAGUAAAGAGCAAGAGCUCCAGCAAUCAGGAAUAGUCAAAACUGCUGCCUUAACAGAGGCUGCAGAAAUUCAUGCAGCUGGUGAGAAAACAAAAGACAUGCUGUUAACUUCUGAGAUGCUGAAAGAUGGACAAAGUCAGAAUUCUUUAACAAUUGUGACUAGCCCUGAAGACGUUUCAAGGGAAAGUGUGAGACUCCAGAAACCAGCACUAGAACCAAAUACUGCAGAAGAUUCAACCAAAGACUCCCUAGACCUACACUCACCAAAAUUAAGGGAAAAAGAGUUUGAGCAGAUUACGGAAAUCACAGACCAACAUACAGGUCAGCAGACAUGCAGAGAAAAUGAGGAAGAACAACAUCAGCUGCCAGUAGAAGAUGGGAAAACACAGACAUUGGAGGAUGAUAGUUGCCAAGAAGAAACAUCUUGUGAUAUUCCACAAAGCCAGAACUUAGUGGCUUCUGAGGCCUUGAAUAUGUGCUAAGCAUCCAUGUGGCAUUUGGAGAGAUGCCAGUCCUAGAGAACAACUGACAAUCCUGCAACAGAACCAGGAGCUUUAUUCAUUACCCUUUAUCCUUGGAUGUUAACAUUUGCCCUUUGGAAGACCUCACCUUUUUUGUCAUUUCUAUUAAAAAAACAUUGCCUUUAAUGUUGGCUAUAUCCACACAUGUGUUUCAUUUGCCCCCCGCCCCCCCAAAAUACACCAUUUCAACUGGAGAUGCACAAUUGAGUGAAUGGACAGACCACUGAAAUUUGUGCCACGGUUGUUGCCAUCCCCUCGCUUGGUGUCCUGUCUGUCCCAUCUCCUUGAAUCCUUUCACUCAUCCCUGAACCUCCCUCCCUUCUUUCUGCAGUCUCCCUUACCCCACACACCUUCCACAGCUGCCUUGUUUUGACCUAAUAAGAGUGGCCAUAAAUGCUGCUCGACUGGUGUGUGAGGGGCAAGAGAAGGGCUGACUGAUGACAACACAUAAGACUUCUGGCCAAGUAGCAGACGUGUCUUUAUCAAACAGCAGGAACUGGACCACACACAACUUCUUGAGCGAGAUGCUCAAGAUGGCUGCCUUUGAGUCCCAUUCAGGUAUCUCUGUCCACCCUUUGGUUGUGUUUGUGCAGGCCUGAUUUAGUCAGAAAUUAUUUCUACAGUGUAGCUUGAAAGGAGGUUGAGAAUACCCUUCUUCCGUUGUCCCAGACUUCAGGUCUCAGGACUGGAUUGUAAUGUGUUGAAUAUUUAUAUGUAUGUCUUAAACCCAGUUCUGAUUUUAAUGUAGAGCUAUGAUACUUCUGUACUGUUUAGGCACACCCUUAAGUGAAUUUUGUAGAGUAGCCUGGAGAGGAAAUUGAUACUGUUGGAGCAGAAAUCAAUAACAUGUAGUUUCCUAUUUAUUGUUCCAGGUUUUUCCCCUUGUAAAAUCUCUCAAAAACUUGGCUGUCUUGCUUUGAAUAUUUAUAUGUAUGUCUUAAACCCAGUUCUGAUUUUAAUGUAGAACUAUGCUAUUUCUUAAAGAAACAAGGAGAGUCCUGACCUGUGUCAGAUCCACCAGUCACUUCUACCACAACCCACAAAUCUCACCCCUUCUCCAUCCAGAGUCUGCUCAUUCCUGGUCACUGUCCCAUCCACCUCCAGGCCUUUCCCCAUACUUACAGUCUAAUAUCCUUCCUGCGUACAAGCUUCCUCCUUUCCCAACCCCUGCCUGAACCUUUUUCCCACCACAGCAUUUCCUGAAAUCCUCCCCACUCCUAACUGUUCCCUCUCCUUAAUGUGGGGGGAUUAGGACAGAAGGUAAGGGCUUGGUGAGGAAUUCUGUCUAUUUGGAUUGCAAAAAGCUGGGUGAGACCUGUGGGGUGCCGAGAUCUUAUAAACCUUCAUGUAAGUGAAUUGGACUAACAACAACUGUAGGCCAGAGUGAGCAGGAUGAGCUAAAGACAAAGAAGCCCCAAAACUGAGAGCCCUGGGACUCCCAACAGGAGUUGGUCCUCUCUUUUGUUGUUCACAUUAAAAUCAAAUACGGGGUACAAGUCACUACUUUCAGCUCUGAUUUCUAAAGUGAAGGUUACAGAUCGCACUUUGUGAAACUGAUGCCCAUCAAGUUGAACAAUAGCUCACUAUCCUACCUGUAUAGUAAUUUAUUUUAAAAUCAACUUUUAGUGUACAAAUGCUCUUGUUAUGGCAGGUGCUUGCCUCUACUGGAGGCUGCACAUACAGCAAGCAAUGUGACUGAUUGCACUGGUGUGAUUGCACCAUCUGGUGCUGCCCUAUGUGGAAGCAUCAAAAAACUUUUCCUUACCUCAGAGCAAAUUAUAUAAAUAUUUAAAGCCGAACAAUGUGGUUUCAAGCAAUCCAGUCUAUCUCUGUCCACUGCGAGCAGCAGCUUUCCCCCUUAGCUUUGGGCAAUUCCAACAACUUCGAUUGGUUUCCACAGGUUUAAGUUGGCUUGCAAGUUAAUUGUGCUCUUAAUAACACCUCACAAGUGCAAACUUGGCUGAAUUUGUACAAAUUGUAUACCUACGUACGUUAAGCCAUAUAUUGCAAUAACUGCAGCAGGUAAAACGAAAUAACAGUAGCAUGACCUGUGUAAUCCUGAUUCUUAACGUUUGUAGCUCCAAAGCUGUUAAUAAUAUGUAAAGUUAAUUCUUGUCUGAACCUCAUUUAAAUAAAGCUAGCUUUACCACAGUGUAAAUUGUCUGUUGGUAGUAAAUGGACAGGCGAGUGCUUUAACUUGCCCGUUUUCUCCAUUAAUCGAGGGCCUAGGUAAGCAAUGCAACAAACUUAACUAUAAAACAAAUACAAAAGCUGCUUCUUAGAUCUGAUGGCUAAAAGACACUGCACCCAAAACCACGCUGGUGGUGCAAGGAGCAUGCCUCCACAUAAUGAUAAUACUUUGUUCCAGCAUAUUGCUUUGGCCUCUGAAACACUUAUUUGAGACUGUGACUUCUGGCCUGUGCUUAAAAGCUUGAAGCUUUCUCUAAUCCAAUGUAUUGGGUUACCAAAUUUGAUUUUGUGUUUUUAAGGUAGAUUUUCAUUGAUUAAAUAAAGUACAACUGCAAAUUUGUUCUAA